AUGCCGUCGUCGUCGUCGUCUCGCGCGCCGGCGCCGAGCAGGGGCGGUGGCUCGGCGGCGGCGAGGGGCUGCGUGGACGUGGACGCCAACACCACGUUCGUGCAGGCCGACCCGGCCACGUUCCGCGCGCUCGUGCAGAGGCUCACGGGCGCGCCGGGGGGAGCUGCAGCCGCGGCGGCGCAGGCUACCGACAUGCAGCACGCCGCGGGCGCCGCCAUGGUGCCGGCGGUGCCGAUGAGGCGGCCGAAGCUGCAGGAGAGGCGGCGGGCGGCGCCGGCCAGGCUGGAGCUCGCGCGGCCGCAGCCGUUCUACUACCACCACGGCCACCAGCACCACCAUCACCACCACCAACACCACCACGGGCUCAUGCAGUACUCGCCGGUCUCGACCAUGGACUACGCCCGCGUCUCCUCCUCCGCCUCGUCGCCCUCCCCGUCGCCGCCCUCGUCGUGCUCCUGCGGGGUGGUGAUAAGCCAGGAGGAGGUGGAGAGGGAGGAGAAGGCCAUCGCCUCCAAGGCCUUCUACCUGCACUCCUCACCAAGAGCCGCCCCCGGCGCCGGAGGGGACGCCGCCGAGAGGCCCAAGCUGCUGCCCCUGUUCCCCGUCCACUCCCCACGGAGCUCCUCCUUCGCCUAG